UACGAGAAAGAAAGGGCCAUGUGUACCAAGAGGUCAGCGAACCCCAGGACGACGACUCUCUGUAAGUGACCCUCACCAAGAAGCAUGUUAUAUCUUCAUACAAUAAUUUCAUCUGGUGAUUGGGUCUCCAAAUCAGUCCCUUCCUCUAGUGACCUGGAGUACAGGAUUGAGGCUCAAUUAUAUUGUGAGAAGUGUCAGAACUUCUUCAUUGACAGCUGUGCUGUGCUUGGGCCCCCUAUAUUUGUAAAAGACAGUGCAGUGGACAAGGGGCACCCCAACCGCUCAGCCUUCACUCUGCCCCCUGGGUUGAAAAUCAGACUGUCAGGCAUCUCUGAGGCUGGGCUUGGAGUGUUGAACAAGGAGUCGGAUCUGCCGGUGGGUCUGCACUUUGGCCCUUAUGAGGGCCAGAUCACAGAAGAUGAAGAUGCAGCCAACAGCAGAUACUCCUGGCUAGUGAGACGUGUUUACCUCUUCCUCUGUCCUCUGCCUUCACACAUCCCUCCUGUGGCUUGGUGGGAGCCCACCUUCUACAUGGUAGAUCAUGGGUGGGCAUAAUAUGGUUAGC